CUUGUUGGAGUCUUUGAAAUUUUAUCAUGACUUUGCAGAUAUAUUGAUAUUCAAAGUUGAUUGUGUAACUAAUCAGUUUCGGGAUAUUUUAGAGGGGGAAAAAACUGAUAAUAAUCUCAGUGACCUCUGGUCAAAAGAAAACAUACAUUUAAUAUUAACUUAAUCAUGAUUCAGGAAGAAGUAGUGACUUGGACAAAAAUAGGUAUGAAACCGGAUGAGUUUGAACAUGAUCAAGUUAGUUGCUGUGCAAAUAUAGACUGAUUAUUCCUGUGGUUUAUCGGAAUUAAACAUUUAGAUGCCAACCUAGAUCUGUCAAAUGAAAAUACCAUGUUAAAAGGAAAGCAUUAGUUAUUGAUACCUCUAGAAGAAUGUUACAGACAAGCAUGACUUCACUUGCCUCCUGACAAAAGAACUUGAAAGAAAAAUUGUAUAAAUGAAGUAAAAAGCCUGUGUACUAUUUACCAGAAAAUGCCAAAGGACAUGCAUCUCUAUUUAAAGCAAUAUGACUAAACAAAAGGGUUAAAGCAAAACUUAAAAAGAUGGAUUCCGAUGGAAUUUAUGAAGAAACAUAUGAUGGUGAUUAUGCUGAUGAUGAAAUGCCAGAUGAAAACCCAGAUCUAGAUGAGGAUGUUGCACAAUUGAGCGAAAGUUCAGACUCGGAAGAAAGCGAACCAGAAGAUUCUGGAUUUAGUAACAAUGAAAAUGGUUCACAAGAAUUGACGUUAAUAGAUGAAGGACCUUCUGUGUUGAUACAGCCGUCAAUACUUGAUGACGAGGACGAAGGAGAAGAUGAUGAAGGAAAUGUUUCAUGUAUUCAACAAUCCAUACAUUUACCUCCCCUUGACUUGCUGGGAGACGUCACAGCAGAAGCUAGUCAGAUGUUGUCAUCACAAGACACUGGUAUUAGCACACAAGCUGAAGAGGAAGAGGGGGAGGGGGAAGCAGAUGAAGAUAUUGUUGCCACAGAAUCAUCAAAGGAUCUCAUCAUAGAACAAGAGGAUAAGAAAGAAAUAGAGAAGAAAAUACCAAAGAAAAAGAAGAAAAAGAAAAAAUGGUUUUACAUAUGUCUGUCAAACUGCAAAUACGAUGUUGUGCGUAAAGUAUCACGGAAAUUUGGUUUCAAAGAAGUCUCAGAUGAUGAUGACUGGACGCUAUACUGGACAGAUUAUUCUGUGGCCUUGGAAAGAGUUAUGGACAUGAAAAAGUACCAGAAAAUUAACCACUUUCCUGGGAUGAGUGAAAUUUGUAGAAAGGACUUGCUGGCUAGAAAUUUGAACAGAAUGUUAAAGAUGUUUCCUAAAGAAUAUAAUGUCUUCCCCAAAACUUGGUGUCUUCCUGCUGAUUAUGGAGAUUUCCAAGCAUAUUGUCGGCAAAAGAAGAACAAGACGUAUAUCUUGAAACCAGAGUCUGGAUGUCAAGGUCGUGGAAUCUGGGUCACCAAAAAUCCAAAAGAUGUCAAGCCGCAUGAACAUAUGAUUUGUCAGCACUAUAUGUCUAGGCCUUUAUUGAUAGAUGGUUUCAAAUUUGACUUGAGAAUCUAUGUGCUGGUAACUUCUUGUGACCCACUUAGAAUAUUUGUGUUCAAAGAUGGUCUAGCUAGAUUUGCAACCAACAAAUACAUGGAACCCACUCACGGAAAUGUAGACAAUGUGUACAUGCAUCUUACGAACUAUGCUAUAAAUAAACAUAGUGAGGAUUUUGUAAGGGAUGAUGAAGCAGGGAGUAAACGUAGAAUUAGUACAACAAAUCGCUACAUGGCGAGGAAGGGAUACGAUGUAGACAAAAUGUGGGCAGAUAUUGACGAUACGAUUAUAAAAACGCUAAUUGCUGCGCAUUCAGUAUUAAAACAUAACUACCGCACAUGUUUUCCAAAUCAUGUUAAAGGAAGUGCUUGUUUUGAAAUUCUGGGAUUUGAUGUGAUUCUGGAUAGGAAACUGCGGCCAUAUGUGAUUGAGGUCAAUCACUCGCCAAGUUUUGGCACAGAUUCAGAAUUAGACAGAGAAAUCAAGGGUGCUUUAGUCUAUGACACGCUGCAACUGGUAAACUUUGGUGCUUGUGAUCGGCGGAAAUGUAUAGAAGAAGAACGGCGUAGAAUCAAAGACAGGCUACUUGGAAAAUCAAAUAGAAAGGAAUCAAGGGAAGAGUUAGAUCUUGCUCAACAACAGUAUAUAGAAUCUCUAGACAAAUAUGAGAAUAAUCACCUGGGUAACUUCCGACGUAUUUAUCCAAACCCUGGAACAGAAAAAUAUGAGAAGUUCUUCCAUAGUAGUGGAACUUUGUUUCAAGAAACAGCAGCUUUCAAAGCCAGAAGCGAACUUGCCAGACAACAACGAGAAGAAAUCUCACGUAAAAAGGAGAAAUUGGAGGCAAUGUUGAAAGGGAAAAAGAAUAUGACUGGUGUGGCAAGACCAGAAAGUCCCGGAAGCCGGAGAAGGCGGUCAUUACGCAGAACGACGAUGCCAGCUCGUAGAAUACAGUCUAGUUCUAGAUCUAGUCUAGAUAUGCUGAGCAGUGAGUCAUCUAGGCUACAAAUUAAUAUAGAUGAGCCAGUAGAUACAAAGAAACCAAUGGAUAUAUUAGAAGAGGAAGAGUUGGAACGUAUAAGUGGCCUCUUGCAACGUGAUAACCUUGUACGGGGGCUUGGCAUUGUUGAGCACGUGUACCGCUUGCUUCACUGCACUCCCGGCACGAUGGGAGUGCUCAAGUCAGAACCACGCCCACUUCCUCCUCCAUUGUUACCUCCCUUACUGACUGACUUUAACUAUGGCUUUAUUUACAACUUUCCGAACAUAAAACACAAUAUACGGAGGCUAGCCUUGAGAAAUCUCGGCAGUCCUCAGGAAAAUCAAAGAUGGCUGUACACAAAUCGUCAGAUGGACUCAUGCCUCUCGGGACGUCAAGCUCCAAUUCGUAUCAAGGAUAAACAGUACUAUAAAAAGCUCCUUGACCGCUAUUUUGGCCACAAUCAUGCAUUAUCCAAUGAGAACAAUUCUAGAUUAGACAAAACCAUAUAUAGGUCAAAUCGUAACUUUGCUGGCCGAGGUAUAAAUAAUAAGGAAGAUUUGAACCGUCAGUUUCCGCAUGUGAGACUGUCGUACAGCAGUAGUGAUAGAAAAGUGGUGCUCACUCAUGAACCAUAUAUUCUGGAAGGUUCUGACACAGAGGAAGUAUUUGAAAUGGAGACAGAACAGGAUUCUUGCAGUCAGCGUGUAGACAGCCAGAUAAGUCUAGGUGCCGGUAGUAAUACAUUGCAACCCGACCGUAGUGUCACGUCUGUAAUGUCUGGUCUCUCAAAUGGUCAGACCGGCACCUAUGGUUCGAGCAACGAUCUUGGCGGUCUUGCUCUGCCGGCUCAGAUCGGCUCCUAUAGCUCUACGAGUGCACUCUCACUGAGUUCACAAGCUUCGUUGCACACACACUCAAACACUCACACAACGACUAACAUCUGUCUCUACCCUCCCCCAAACCCACUAGCUAAGCCCAUUUUACCGGCUACAACCGGUUUGUCUAAAAUUGUGCCAAUUUCAAACAAUACUGUCUCCCCAUCUCAGCCUGGUCAUGGUGGACGCAGUUGGACACACAAGACAAGCACAGCAGGAAACCUUGGUAGUGUCAAUGAAAGAACUGUUCCUUCCUACCAGAGAAACAAAUUUAUUCGCAAGCCUUUGGGUAGUACAGGCAGAGCAGGGGGUGCAAGUGCGGUGAUACCAGACUCGGAAUAUAGGAAUUUGUCCUCUUUACUUGAAACUGAGGCUGAACGCAACCGGAUCCUAGCUAGGAACGGUUUUACUAGCAAUGGUUCAACGGAGAAUAGACCCGAUUCAAUAACGCCAAAUUCAAACCAAAAACGAGUGCUAAGUGCCUCAGGUCAGAGAAAGGAUAAUGGUUACCGCGCAGGAUACCAGUCAAACCCACUCUGGCAGUACCAUCUUAUCGGAGGGCAGGACCUGCAACGGUAUCCUUCCCAGCAAGGCCCAGGGCUGUCUGUAGUAUCAGGUCCAGCCCCGGUUAUACAGCGACCUGACCUUGGACACCCACCCUCGACCAAUCCAUUAUCAUCGAAUGGCAACAUCAGUCGUGUCAGUUCUCAUCACUCAAGUUCAAAUCUGUCAGAGACUGCGUCAAACGUGUCUGGUCUUAGAUCUACUAAAUCGCAACGAAUACGAGGAGCCUCCAAUAACAUCCGUCUUCGCCAAAUGGAAAUGCGUGAAAACCAUGCUGUUGUAUUCAGCUGAUGGUAAAUCUACCAGACUGUCUUUGUUUGGGGUUUACAGCGAUUUGGAACUGAGGUCUGAAGCUAUUCAGGAAUUUGAAUAAAAACGGAUAAGCGCUUGACUCGUGCAGAUAGUGCCAGUUAUCUAUUCCCGUUGCCAAACUUAACAGUUAUGCCAAGUGAUUAACAGUGAUUUACUAGCAGUAAAAACAUUGUAUGUGUGUCAGGUGUUUGCUGGGAAGUCGGCAGUAUUACGUAUAUAUAUUAAAUUUGUUACGUGUUUGCUUGACUUGUGAUAUUUAAACUUUCAUCUAUGCAAGUAUUGGACAAUGGUAUUUCAUUUUCUCAGCCAAAGUGGAAGAAUAAACAUUUCAUUGAGUUUUCAGGGAUACAAGUCAGAGUAAAUUGUUUUGGAACAUAGACUGAAGAGGAUCAUGUUAAAAUAGAAAAGCUUGUUGAAGAAAUUAUAACAUGAAUUGUUUAAUUCAGGGAUGUAUUGUAAAUAUGGAUGUAUGUUAAAAUGGUUUUACUAUGGACUGUUUACUCCUCAGUUUUCUGUUAUUGAAGAUUAAGAAAGGUGACGAUUCUGCGUUGGGUUAGGCGAAGCUAGAGAUUUCAUACAUGUAUCCGCAUGUGGUACUUAAGAAGCCCAUAGAGUUAGAUUUUAAAAAGACAAGCUUGUACUGCUGAUUUUGAUAUAUUGAUGACAGUAUUUACUAAUAUUGUUAGAAAAUGUUUUGUCGAAAGUUUUGGGAAAAUAAACUUGCAACAUACUCCGUUAAUUUAAGGUACUUACUGGUCAAGUGUAGGUGUAUAUACUUUCUAACUCUAAAUAAACCCCUUCUAAAAUGCAUAGAAAUUCUGUUUAUGUGAGGAACCAUGCAAUGCCAUAUGACUGUGCUCUACAAAUUCUGAUUUUAACGAAAGAUGUCAUGAGUUUGUCUAAGAUACGUAUUAGGGUAAAAAAGAUGGAUAUCUGUGAUAGUUAUGCAUUAGUUAAACCAGCUAUCGAAUAUAUUCAGUUUAUAUCCAAACACUUAAGUUUUAAACUUUGCAAACGGCUCAAGAUUGGUAACAGAUUUGUUUUUCUCGCUCAUACGAAGUUGUAGUUUCGGCACUCGUGAUGUAUUGAUUCUAUGGAAGAUGGUACAGUAUGGGCAAACGUAUAGAAAUCUGGCUAGAACUGUAGCGACAUUGCAUAUUAUCACAUACAUUAAUCAGCUCUGAGCAAGACAUCAUACAUAAUGCAUAUUAACAGGAGCUUUCUAAGGGUUAACAUAAAUGUUGUAUGAAUUUUAUCUCUGUGAUUUUGAAGUACCUCAGCUGUGAUAAAUUUGUGUUGUUAUGUUGUUUUUAUAUUUAUACGUUGAUCAUAGCUGUAUCACCCAAAAAGGUAUUAUUUAUUUUGUUAAGUUUGAAGUUUGAUUGUAAAUUACAUAAAAUAAGCGAGUGGUUUUAAGGUAUAUGUGUACUGUUAUAUAUUCAGGGUGACGAAAUUCAAAGUACAUGUAUUUGCAAUUUGAAAUAUAUGUCUUCUGAUUAGAUUUACAAUGUCACCAAAUAUUAGUUAUUUCAAAGAUCUAAAAUUAAUUUAAUCGUUUCCAUUGAGUUAAGUUUUUAUUUUCCGUGAAAAUUUCGUAAAUAAAAACAUCUAUUGAUGAAAAAGUCACAUUUAGUUUUAUACUAUUUGAUAGUUGAGAAAUCCAUUUUCAUCUGAAUGUCUUAUCAAAUAUAUAGCCUCAAACUCUACUUCAGAGAAAAUAUGACUUCCUUUUGGAUUUUAGGCUUAACUUCAGUUGAGAUGUAGAAAAUGUGCAUAUUAAUGACUCGUACUUUAAAGAUUGUUGGUGGACUUUCUUCUGUAUAUCAGACUUUGAGGCACAUAACUAUCUGAGCAACUUGUACACUGCCAAGCAUAUUGUUAGUAUCUGCAAGCAUUGGAUGGAUUUGAAAUGUUUUUACACUUGGAUACAUUUUUAUUUUUCACAUUCUGUAAUAACAUGAAUUUCAGAAUUCUAAUAUUCAACAUCUAUACAUGGGUAAGGCUAUAAGGCAAUAUGCCAUUAUGUAGAUAAUAUGUAAAUUUGAUAUUGAUGUCAUUGCAUAAGUAAUGACACGUUUCUUUCCUGGAAGUUUUGAUAGCCCCUCUGCUUAUUUUAAUAGGAAGAGCGCAGGUCUACGGAUCGCAGGUUCGUGACUUCAGUCCACGGGCAAGGCAUGUGUUUUCCGUGGCGAUUUGAUAAGACAUUGUGUCUGAAAUCAUUCGUCCUUCAUAGCUGAUUCAUGUUUGGAAGCUGGCAAUUACUUGCGGAGAACAGGUUUGUACUGGUACAGAAUCCAGGAACACUGGUUAGGUUAACUGCCUACUUACAUAAUUGAAACACUGUUGAAAAAUGGUGUUAUACCCAAAACAAACAGUGAUAAUUUCACGUUUUUAUAGUGAAUAAUUAGGAUACCUUUGUCUGAAUUUAAUAUCAUUAGGAUUUCAAUUAACUUGAGGUGUUGUUCCCUCAAAAGCUGCACACCCUACUAGUAUUCUAAAUCAUUAUUACCAUUGUAUGUAUUAAUUUAUAUUACACUUUUUUAUGAGUUCAUCUCCUAGCAAAGUGCCAAUAUUUUGUUUCCCUGUAAAACUUAAUAAUAUAUUAUAGUUGUUUACUGGUGAAUUUGCAUGAAUAAAUAUUUAUUGUAAAUGAGCUCAUUGAAAUGCACACAAAAUAAAAAAUCACUAUAUAUUUUA